CUGACUGAAGCAGGCAGUUCUACACAAGCGCCUGAGCGGCGAGGAAGUUUUGAAAUGUUUUCCUGACAAUUGUCAGUUGCAGACGGGUGUAUAUGUACAUAUUUGGAAUGGAUUAGAUCAAUUGUAAAUGAGUGAAGUGUUGUGAGAUAAAAUUCAAGAUGCCGGACGAAUCAGUCAAAGUGGCGGUCAGAGUCCGUCCCUUUAAUCAAAGGGAGAAGGACAGAUCGGCCAAGCUUAUCAUUAAAAUGCAAGGGCAGAUGACCACAAUCGCAAAUCCAGAGACUCCAAAUGAGGAACCAAAGAGCUUUUCAUUUGAUUACUCCUACUGGUCACACGACGGUUUCCAGGAAAAGAGUGAUGGUGUUCUAGAACCUGCAGGCGGGUCUAGCUACGCCAGUCAGAGGAGAGUGUUCGAAGAUUUGGGACAAGGUGUCUUAGAUAAUGCUUUCGAAGGAUAUAACUGCUCCUUGUUUGCCUAUGGACAGACAGGAUCUGGAAAGUCCUACUCUAUGGUUGGAUAUGGACAAAACAAGGGUAUUGUACCAAUCACCUGUGAUGAAAUGUUCAAGACGAUGGACAAAAAUGCAGACCCAAAUAAGAGAUUUGAGGUGACAUUUUCUAUGUUAGAAAUUUACAAUGAACAAGUGCGGGAUUUAUUAUCCAAAGACAAUCCUAAAGGCGGACUGAAUGUGAGGCAGAACCCAAAGCUGGGCCUGUUCUAUGUGGAGAAUCUUAAACGUGUUCCGGUGGGAAGCUAUGCUGAAAUCGAGAAGAGAACAGAUCAGGGAACGGCCAGUCGUACCGUAGCAUCCACCAACAUGAAUGCCACCAGCAGUAGAGCCCACACAGUGGUCACCAUUACGUUUGACCAGAUCAUCAAAAGUGAAUCGGGGUCCGAAACCAAGAAGAGCAGUGUGAUGAACCUGGUGGAUUUGGCCGGAUCCGAGAGAGCAGACAGCACAGGAGCCACUGGAGACCGACUCAAAGAGGGCGCUAAUAUCAACAAGUCUCUGUCCGCCCUCGGAAAUGUCAUCUCUGCUCUUGCAGAUUUAUCCAUGGGAACAAAAAAGAAGAUUAUGGUCCCUUACAGAGAUUCUGUUUUAACCAAACUGUUGCAGAAUGCCUUGGGAGGCAACAGCAAGACCAUUAUGAUUGCUGCCCUCUCACCAGCUGAUAUAAACUAUGAUGAAACCCUUUCCACCCUGAGAUAUGCAGACAGAGCAAAGAAAAUCAAAAACAAAGCUGUAGUCAAUGAGAACCCACUGGACAAACUCAUCAGGGAACUCAAGGAAGAGAAUGAGAGAUUGAAGAAAGCCAUGGAGGGUGGAGGUGUGGUGAUGCAGGAGGGAGCGGGACUUACUCCUGAAGAACUGGAUAAAAUGCGUAAACAGAUGGAAGAAGAUAUCCGUGCUCAGCUAAUGGCAAAUCAAGCAAUGAUUGCAGAGAACGCUCAGAGCUGGGACGAUAAGCUUGCAGAGGCCAGGACUGAGACAGAGAAAAUUGACGUCGGAGGAGCAGAUAACAGCAGAAAGAGUAAAGAGGCCUACCUGAUCAAUCUCAAUGAGGACCCCAUGUUGUCGGGGGUCAUAUGUCACUUCCUGAACAGUGGGGAGACCAGUGUAGGGAGGAAGGAUGCUAGCCCUGUCCCUAACAUCUGUCUUAGUGGUCUCAGUAUACAGAAGCAACAUGCAGUAAUCUUCAACAAGAAAGGAGUGAUAGAAAUAGAGUCUGUGUCAGGAAGUGGGUCUAAGACCAAAAUCAAUGGGAUACCCCUCACUGGCAGGAAAGCACUCUGUCACAAGGACAGAAUUCUGUUUGGAUCCAACCACAUGUAUGUUCUGAUGAACCCACUGAAACCUGAAACUGCAGACAACAGUCUUCCGAAAGAGAUAACGUGGGAGUAUGCACAGAAAGAAAUUGCCCAGGUCAAGGGAUUUGCCACAGGCUCAGCUGGUCUAAGCAAAGAACAACAAAUUGUUCAAGAGCAGGUUCUUGAAAUCCUCCCUAUGGUAUCUGAGGUGAAUGCAGUGUCGGAAGAACUUAACAAACAGAAAUCGUUUGAGGUCGUACUGAUAUCAGCAGCAGCCCAGGAAGGAGGGGACAUAACUCAAUCACAUGCCUCAAAAAGUAAAGGACUAGUACAUAUAACUAGAGUGACAGUCAAAAUGAAGAAUCUACUGAAUGGAAAUACAUGGCUAUGGGAGAGAGGGAAGUUCAUAACCAGGCGAUACCUGAUACAGGAAUUAUACCAAAAGUUUCUGGAUGGGGAGAAUAUUUCAAACAUCCCCAAGGAACAGGACCCUUUCUGGGAGCCCACUGAAGACGUCCUGAUUGGAACGUCAAACCUGUUCCUCCAGUCUCUGUCUUAUUGUCUAGACUUUGAGGACACUCUCAACAUCUCUGACUACAAAGGUCAAGAGGAAGGUCAUUUGAAGGUCAAACUUGAGCCCUGUGACAACAAGGGGAAGCCUAUUGAUGAAGAGGCUUUUGUUGACGAUCCACAUGAGCUUCUGAACAAACCCUAUCACUUCAAGCUGACAGUUGAGAACGCAAACAUCCACAAGUCCAGAUUCUCCAAAGGUAUCAUGGUGAAAUACUCAGUAAAGAACAAUGGAAAAGUGGAAGAAGUGAAAACACCCACCGUGAAAAACACCCUGACCCCGACCUUCAACCAUUCCAAGGUCAUCUCCAUCCCCAAGCUCAAGCAGGAGAAUCUCGACUUCUUUGAGUCAGGCUGUAUUACGCUGUCCAUCUAUGGAAUACAGGAAGAUACAAUGCCAGACCCCAAACUGUUGAAGCUCAAUACAAGGGAAUUAAGAGAGGCGUCAAUGUACCAGGAUUUAAGAGCAUUGACCAUUAAUCAGGAAUUGCGGCAGAUGGAGAAUAUGGAGAAUUCCACUGCCAAUGCCAGUGGUAGACGCGCCACCAUGUUUGGUAAUGAGAUUGCCUCGGACACAUCCCAUCUGAAGACGGAGGUGGUUCUGUUACAAAGAAAGUAUGAACGCCUUCAGCAAAAGGAACGCAGAAUGCAGCAAAUAUGUGAAGAGUGGUCAAAGAAACCAGAUGGAGAGAAGCAGUUUGAGCCAUUCUACCGGGCAGUGUCUGCUGUAGCUAAUAGUACAGGAACUCGACUCAAGACUCGAGUUCAGAUGCUCAACCAGAUGCUAAAGUUACAAAAAACUGUUGCACUGCCAAGUUACAAAGAUAACUCUAGCCCAAUGUUACGAUUGCAAAAAGAAGCUCCAGGUUUGCAAAGACAAAAAACAAUGGACCCCAGCAUGCUAUCACAGGUUUUACAAGGGCAAAAGUACGUGAGACAAAUGGCCCUGGAUAAAAGCUCUGUGAUAGAAGAAAAGGAUGGUACUCAAGGAGACCAAGAUUCGUUUGGCUCUGUAGACUUGGAGCCCUAUAUGAACGCAGACCCCGAAGAUUCUGCCGACCGCAGUAAAAGAUUCACACAAAAUGGCAACAGGACAGGUCUUCUCUCUGAUAUUAACACCAAGAGAGAGGUUUUAAAACCUGCGCGAAACGCCGUUAGCGAGUAUUCAGCAAAUAAAAAGACGCCAUCAAAGUCCAAUGGAAAACGACCAAGUUCGGCAGACAACAACAAGACGGAAAGCUCAGCUUGUGUACUACAGUGAACGCCACUUCUGUUUCCAUGGUGAUAUUCUAUUAACCUGCAUAUCGAAGGACAUUGAAAUAUGAAUGAGAUUUUGAUUUUUAAUUUAAACAAUUAUGGAUCUGUUUUAAAACUAUCUGUGAUAAAGAGGGGGCGAAGGAGAUAAUAUAUUUUUCUGAUAUAGAAACACACCUUGACAUAUAUCGUUAUACAUUAUAAUUUUUCUGUUUUUGUUCCUUUUUCCAAUACACUUUUUACAAAGAUCAGUGUGACUCGUGUUAUGAACGAAUUUAUACACUGUUGUAAAGACUCUCAAACCGUCCAAAAGGACUAUAGUCCUGCUGUUUUUGUUUGUCAUUUUCCAGAUUUUGUCAUCGUUUCAUUAUUUCAUUAUGCAAUUGAAUUUAAUGUUUAAUAUUUGAAUUGUCUCCCUGACAUUUUUCCUUCAGUUCCGUCCGUUUGAAUGCAAUAUCUAAUUCCACUUUCUAUAUUUUUUGUAUUCAUUUCUCAACCUAUUUUGGUAAAAUAUGUAUAAUUUCAUUAUGAGAUAAAGUUAGAUAAAACUC